AUGGCAUCGCAGCACCAUUUCACCGAUCGUCUCCGCGCUCGGCUCAACGACAGUAAUGCACAGAACCUUGAGCUGCAGGCGCUGUUGGCGCAGAGAGAUGAUGCUCUUGCGGCUUGCAACGCACGUCUACAGACCGCCAUCUCCACGUCAACCAUGCCGGGCGAUCCUCAUCCCCUCCUCCAAAACGAGCUCCGCAUAGCCAAGGAGGCUGCCUCCGCCGCGGAGAAUCAACUGAGCCAGACAUGCGUCAUCUACAACAAGGAGCAGCUCGAGUGGAAGCAAAGUGUUGAGAAGCUGCAGCAGGAGGUGGCGGUGCGGGACGCGGUGCUUAGCGAUGCCAAUUACUGCCUUGCGAAGGAAGUCAAACGCACUGCCACCGUCGAAGCGUUGGAGGCUGAAUUGACUAAAUCUCAAGCUGAGCUGAAGAGGAUCAAACAGUACGCGGCGGGAAUACAAAAGCAGUUUGAGGCGGAGAAGAAGGAGAAUUCCAAGUUGAGGCAGUUUCCUGCUACUGCAGCCGGCAAAAAUCGCACGGAUGUAGACCAGGAUGAUGAAGAGGUGAUCGAUGAAGCGACACGCGUGAAGCAGGAGAGAAUCGGGGCCAAUCGCCGCCCGCAAACUUCCAGCGCUCAAGCAGCGGAGCGAACGUCCUACCGACAUUCCUCUACUUGGUCGCACGCAUCUGAUGCUCCCAGUCUGCCGUAUCAUCCUCUUCGAAAACACAUGACCGAGCCACGCCAUUCAGAGACUUCGCGCCAGCCUAGACUUCGCACCAAGCAACGCAAGCGCAAGCGAUUCGAUCUCGAGGACGAAGAUGGCGACUAUGAUGAUCUGGAAAUCGACAUGGAUGACUCCGGCGGCCGAUUAGCGCGCAAGCAAUCCAAGACUCUCGUGAGAGAUAGGGAGAUCGAGCACGUGAAGCAAACCUGCGACUUCAAGGCCAUCCUCAUGUACGACGAAGAUGGUGAUAAGAUGUACCUCGAUUCCAAGAAAGAUCUUUCCGAUGUCUGCCCCGAGCUAUGGGAACGGAUUCAAAAUCAGCACGAGGCCUGGGAGCAGGCUUGUGGCGAGGAAUGGCGUUACGACCUCGAGAGCAAAUACACGGUCUCUGCUCUGGCCAAGUACGGAGCUAAACCGCCUUGCGUCACUACGAAGUUGCUGAAAAUCAGCAAUGGAAAGGUGAUUUGGCGGGAGGGAUGUGAGGGCAAGUACGCUUGCCGUGGCUGCGUGCAGGAGAAGAGGCCAUGCUUUACCUGGGAUGGCGAGGAGCUAUACUUGCUACCACUGCACAAGGACGACAGAACAUAUCCGGAGGAGGCCGGCUUCGAGAUCCGGACUUGGUUAGACAUUCAGUAG